CAAGGAUGGUAAAAGCAGCUUCAAACUUGGCUCUGUGAAGUGUUUUGUGCUCUGUAUGGGCUGCCUGAGGGGUGAAGUGCUGCUUUUGGUGGCUUGGGGUGUCUAAGUGAGCCUGGUGCAGAAGGGACAGUGAGAAUUCAGCAGGUGUCAGUAAUGGUUAGCAAUGCGUAGCCAGCUGAGAGAGAAACAGGUAAUUAGUAUCCAGCAGUUCUAGUACUGGUUCAAGCCUUUUAAUAUCCUCCAUUAGCAUGCCAGUGACUCUUGUAAGGGUGAUGCACAAAGCUGUUCCUAUUUAAACAAAGCUAAUAAAGUAGUGGAGUACAGUUCCUUACAGGAAUGAACUCACUCAAAAGUGAUCAUGGUUGCUGUAGGUGAGGCAGCUUUUGGCCAUCUCAUGUAACUUGAAGAACUUCAUUAGCAUAGGUUUAGUUAGCUAAGAGUCAUGGGGGAUGGACAAGCAAAUGAUUUUCUGAGCAGCAGUUACAGACUGCUUUCUGCUUGGGUUAACUAGUCAUACACAAACCUCAUGAACUCUUGCAGCAAAAUCAGCUGCUGAAGUAUGAGGCGCUGGAUGACAGUAACCAAACAAUGUCUGUACCACGCGGAGCUGUCCAUGCAAAAUGGAUAGUAGGGAAAGUCAUAGGAACCAAAAUGCAGAAGACAGCCAAAGUGAGAGUGACAAGGCUUGUGCUAGAUCCUUACUUACUAAAGUUCUUUAACAAGCGAAAAACCUAUUUUGCCCAUGACCCAUUGCAGCAGUGUGUUGUUGGAGACAUUGUUCUUCUAAAAGCUUUGCCUGAGCGGAGGAGCAAACACGUGAAACACGAACUGGCUGAAAUUGUUUUCAAGGUUGGAAGUGUCAUAGAUCCGAUAACAGGAAAGCCCUGUGCAGGAACCAGAUUCCUUGAAAAUCUGUCAGAUUCAGAAAAUCUGACAGAGGCAGAUACAAACUAUCUAAGUGAAAAACUCCAGGAACUUAAAGUUUGUUCAUCAGACAAAUAGCAGAGAGAAUAUUUAAACGGGUCUCUUCAGCUCAUCUCUGUCAGGGAUGUUUGGGGCCCUAUUGCUUUAUGUUAAUUGUUUCAGUGAAAUUUGUAGUCAAAAUAAAUAGUAAACAUAGUUGCUUCUAGUAACAUAUGUUACAGAUUAAAAAUUUGAGGUGCCUCUCAAAUGAAAAUAUGGAAAAUGUGAAUUGUUACACUUCUUGUUGCAUGUAGUUUUGCCCAAAGUCUUGGCAGUUUCAGGAAGCCAGCUGUUCACUUGGAAUGACUCUUCUGUGUUGAGAAAGACAAAAUAAUUAUGUCUAAGUUCGGUGGGAGGGUCAUAUUAUUUGGUUGUUCUGUCUUUCAGGCAAUCUUUUGUGGCUUGUAGGCUUACUUAAACUAAUUCUAUUAAAGCUUUUGAAAGGGAAGUAUAGAAACUUAAAAACCAGCUACCUGUAUGUGUCCUUAUUUCCUCUUAGUUGUUCAUACCAUGCUGUGUUAUCUUCUAACUUAAGUUCUGACAAAAAUCCAACCAUGUGCCAUUGUAAGGGCAGUUGAGUGAGAAUACUAACCUCAGGUAGCUUAGUGGAGUUGGUUUUGUAACCUGUCCAAAGAGUGCGUAGCUCUGGGAGAGAUGGAUCUCUUUGAACUGCCAGCAUGAGGUAGAAGCUGAUGGGAUGACAAAGCCAAAAGAGGUAAAGGUGUUUAGAUUUUAAUCUUAUUGGAAAAGCUAAUUUAAACAAUGUACUUUGGGAGAGUUACUGAUACUGAUUUGCUGAAUACCUUAAUAUGAAACUAGAAACCCAUAGAGGUUAAAGAUUAAAGGUCACUUUAUUCUGCUAAAGAAACUUCUGUGGAUCUUGUGUCCUGUCUUCCAGAACACAGAGCUAAGUGCCCUGUUGCAGUAAAGGGGUUUCUGCAUCAAAACGGCUGUGGGGACAGCACCUGAUGUUCCUAUAUGGCAGGCAGUGGUACAUCAGAGAGCUAAGAGGAGUCCUUUUUCAAGUGUCUACUGAUGUCACUGGUCUGUGUUUAAGAUUAGAAGCUAAAUGAGGUAUUUCUGAGCUGAGUUCCUUUUGACUUACAAUCAUUUUUUUUCUUACAAACUGAGGUAGCCUAUGGUGGUAAGCUACCAGCUGUUUUAUUUCACAGAAUAGAAUAAAUCACUUGCCCUUUAAUUUCAAGUUUUCAGUUUCUUCUACCUGCAUAAAUCUGUUUCAGCUGCUCCUGAACUGCUAACCAAGUCUGAACUCAGCAAAUGAUUUGGGCUGGGAGGAAUAAGAAACUUUUAAAUUUACUUCAGUACUUCAAAACUAUUCUGACAGUAGACUUUAGACUGACAGUCCUCAAGUGUCACCUUGCAUCUCGGAUCAACAAGCUGGGAUGCCAAGACACCUUGAUUCAAACUUGUGCGUGAAAAUGA